UGUGUGUGUCUUUAGUCACAGACACGUACACACACAUAUACACACACACUCUCCUCUCACUCAUUCCGUGUCUCUCUAAUCCCUCCCUCAUUCCUCUUCUAGCGGACUUUCCCAGUUCUCGCUUCUCCCUCCCAGUAUCCAUUCGCCUUUCAGCUGCACAGUUUUCUCAUCAUCCAUCUGGUAGCUUAGCUGUGCCCACACACCCGAACAGUAGUCGAUAGAAGAAUGUGUUGGAUGAAGUAGUUGCGGCGCGGCUAACGGACUGGAAGAGACUUCUCCAAGAAUACUUCUUUACGCACACAAAGGAUGCGCGCGCCAAGGUAUGGCACUCUAACGGAGCACGGAGAAGAUAAAUAGUCCUUCAGCAGAAUCCUGUCGAGGGGGACUAGUUGAAAACCAACAGUGAAACGCAUGGCUGUGGUCUUCUGUUUGGAUUUAUGUGUCUUGACCUGUAGCAAUAUCGGAUCUCCAUUUGCUCAUUAUUUACCGUUUGCUUUGCGAUCGAAGAUUUCAGGGGAAGCUACAUGAUGAGAUGGACAGUCUUUCUGUUAGGCUACUUGUUGGUCAAAGUUAUGGCACUGCUGUGCUCCGCGGACGGCGCACAAGGACAGGAGAUGGAGGGCUUUAUAAUGAUAACUGGAUCUAACGGCUCCAGAGAUGAGGAGAUCGUCGUUACCGAAGCCCCGCAUUCAGAGGAUAGAUGCCGCGGAUACUACGAUGUGAUGGGUCAGUGGGACCCGCCGUUCAUUUGCGAAACGAACGACUAUUUGUUCUGCUGUGGCACCUGUGGCUUCCGAUUUUGCUGCGGCCUCAAAGAAUCUCGUUUGGAUCAAAGCACUUGCACGAAUUAUGACACUCCGAAAUGGAUGUCAUCGGGUCAAAUUCCAUAUAAGAAGGCAAAUCCAAGCCAGGAUCGGACCAAGGACAGUACAAACUUUAUUGUGUAUAUCAUAUGUGGAGUGGUUGCGAUCAUGGCUCUUGUCGGGAUAUUUACUAAACUUGGGCUUGAAAAGGCACAUCGACCCCAAAGAGAAAACAUGUCUAGAGCCGUAGCAAACGUCAUGCAGAGUGCCUGCUCGGCAGAACAUGAAGGAGCCAUUGCAAUGCAUGCUCAGCACUACGACACCAUGCAAGCAAGAGCUAGCAACUUACAAGGCGGGCAGAUCAACAACAAUAUGAACCAGCAGCACCCUUACCCUGUUCUGAGCCACAUAGCACCCAUGUAUGAGCAGCAGCAGCCUGGCAAGGAGCUCAACAAAUACGCCUCCCUCAAAGCUGUCGCGGAGAAAGCCAACGGUGACUACUACAACAAACGGCGGCAUUUGUCCGAAAUGGCAACGAAGGGAAGCCUGCCUCUUCACCCCAUUAGAAUGGAGCACCACGAGCCCACGGCCAAGUACAUCACUGAGAUACCCUGCACCAAGCAGAACGGACAGAAGCCCAAGAGCAGCAAAGUGCAUGGACAUGGCACAGGACCAGGACAUGGGCAAGGGCCUGGAAUGGGAAUGGGAGUAGGUAUGGGAGCUGGAGGACCAGGAAUGGGAUCAGGGAUGGGCCCAGGAAUGGGGGGAACAUUAGGACCAGGAAUGGGGUCAGGCAUGGGGUCAGGCAUGGGGUCAGGAAUGGGGUCAGGAAUGGGUUCCGUUAUGGGAGGAACGCUAGGGCCAGGAAUGGGGUCAGGAAUGGGUUCUGGGAUGGGAGGAACGUUAGGACCAGGCAUGGGGUCAGGAAUGGGGUCAGGAAUGGGUCAUGGGAUGGGGUCAGGAAUGGGUCAUGGGAUGGGAGGAACGUUAGGACCAGGAAUGGGGUCUGGAAUGGGAGGAACUUUAGGACACGGAAUGAGGUCAGGAAUGGGUUCAGGAAUGGGUCCAGGAAUGGGUCCAGGAAUGAGUGGAACAUUAGGACCAGGAAUGGGGACUGGUAUGGGAGCAGCAAUGGCAGCAGGAGCAGGAAUUGGAGCAGCGAUGGGAGGAACUCUGGGGCCAGGAAUGGGUUCAGGGAUGGGAGGAGGUAUGGGGUCAGGAAUGGGAACAGGAAUGAGGUCGGCACAGAGGUCCGGCGGGGCAUCGGGGAUGCACACGCUGACCUACAGCUCCCACACCAUCGCUGCUCCUGGCAUGCUGAAGGGCUGGGACGGCACAGAGACGGUGGGUCGGCGUAAGACUUACGGCCCCCGCAAGUCAGGCCCAGUGGACCAGGUGAACGAGCUGCACACGGCCCGGAGCCACCACUACUUGCCGACCCAGCCCUACUUUGUCACCAACAGCAAGACGGAAGUGACCGUAUGAAAGAGGGCACCUUUGUGGUUUCUUCGCAGAGAAGUACAGAAGCAUUUCCCAGGGGCCACCUGUCUCUGCCCAGGGUAUAGAUGUGCACAGCACCUUCCAGUAGAUGGGAGGGGUGACUGUGGGAGGUGAACAUGUUUUUUUCAUGGUUGUCAGUCAACGGUGUCAAGGUUUUGGAAAAUAAAGAGUUAACUGUCUGUGAGAUAACCUUGACUAGAAUCCAAGUCCACAGUGUCAGUUCAUUAUUAACACAAAAAAGGAAUUAUUAGCGGAUUCAGUGGGAUUGCCAUUGACUGUAUGGAGAGAAUUUACACAAGCAAUACAUAGAAAUCCAUAGGACCAUUUCAGAGCAAGUGGCAAAAAUGGCAAAAAGGACUGUGACAUCAUGCCCAACUGUAAGGAAAGACCAUGGAAGUCGAUGUAACCUAUAGCAACCCUCUCUCGGCAGUUUGAUGGGGCUACGUAUUCAUAUUAUGCUCUGUGUGUGUAAUCCUUUAAACGGAGGCGACGUCCUCUGAAAUCUUUGCAUGGACAACAAUGUUCACUGCCUCUAGACACACUGAAAUGCUGGUGGGAGCCCAGGACAGAGGGUGGAUGGCUGAGUCCGGUUUCUGGGCCCCAGGAUGUACCAGUGACCGCAUCAGGUCUGCAUACAACCGCUCAGACCCACACGGCUCCACUCUCUGGACGUUUGGGCUGUCCCUCUCUCGUAGCUACCAUGUUGCUGUCCAACAGACGAUCACAGACCAAGACUGCAGAAGCUCAGUGACACUGGUUAUCUAUAGCUAAACUGUGGUUGCUUGCCUUGCCAUUGUUUUUUCUCUUCCUGUCUCCCGCCCCUCUCUCUCCAUGCACCCCCC